AUGUCCAAACCAAGAGAUUACAGCAGUAAAUCCUACUCCCCCAGCAGCACGGGACCGACCAAAAGCUUUCCGACCGGCAACAACAUCGACCCGAUGGGCAAGUCCCGGGAGAAGGACGACAUGGUUGGACUCAAUGACAAGUUCGUCAGGUUGAUUGACAAGGUGAAACACCUGGAGGACGAGAACAAAAAGCUGGACACAAAGUUGAAGAUCCUCAAAGAGCAGGAGGAUUACGAGGGGAAAAUUGACGACAUCGUCAAGCAGGUGGAGAACGAGAUGGAGCAGCAGAUCGAGAACUUGAUCCGCGACCACGAAAAACUGCAGGCUCAGCUGCUGAAGGACCAGGAGGAGGUGGAGGACAUCAAGAAGAGCUAUGAGGACGAGUUUCACAAGAAAUCUGAGCUGGAGAAUGAGUUUAUCGUCACCAAAAAGGAUGUAGAUGAGGGCCACUUGGAGGCCGUAGAUCUGGCUCUCGAGCUGGAGGACCUGAUGGGAAAACUGGACUUCCUCAGGGUUGGUUAUGACGAGGAGAUCAAGGAGCUGGAGUCGCAAAUCCAGAACGAGACCGUGGUCUUGCAGGACAGCGGCAAACGCUCUCUGGACAUGGACGAGAUCAUCAAGAGUGUCAAGAAUCAGUAUGCCAGCAUGGCCGCCCGCACCAGGGAGGAAGCAGAGUACUGGAACCAGAAAAAGAUUGAUGCCAUGGUCUUUAGCGCAGGACAGCAGGAGCAGGAAGUGCGUGAUUUAAAGAGGGAGAUCUCAGACAUGGUGCGCCACAUCCAGAGGCUCACCGGGGACCUGGAAGCUCUCAUCAGGAAGGAAGAGUCCCUGAGGAAGGAAGUCAUUGACAUUAGGACAGAAGGAGACACCAACCUGGAGAAGGCCCGGCAGGACAUCGCCCAGCUGGAGGAGGCCUUGAGACGGGCUAAGCAAGAGUUGGCUAGACAGAUCCGCGAACACCAGGAGCUGAUGAACCUGAAGCUGGCCCUGGACAUCGAGAUCGCCACCUACCGCAAGCUGCUGGAGGGCGAGGAGCAGAGAAUGAAUGACCUCAUGCGCCAAGCAGACGUUCACCUGCCGGAGAAGUCGCAAGCCCCAGAACCCACCGUCGUCCCGGCAACCACCUUUAUCCCUGCAGAUAGUGUUAUCCCACCAGUGUGCCCCUCCUCCAAGAAACGGCUGUUGAUCCGUGUGGAAGUGGAGGCAGGCAGAGUCGUGUCUGAGAGCACCCAUUAUACUGAAGAGUGACUGGCACUGUGCAUCGCUCCUCUGUCUGCAGCGUUUCAGGAUAUCUGCAAAACGUGACUUUAAAAAGUGAAAGUUCAAAGUUAAAUUAAACGCUUGAAGAAUCAUCAUGACACAGAAUUUCAAUGCAAUCACCAUUACCUUUAUUUGUGUGCUUUCUGGUGGAGUGAGCAGUCUGACAAUUGUUUUUGGCAGGUUGAGGGUUUUUUUUCCUAGAAUCAGUGCUUGAAGAUGGAGACAUUUUGUUUAUGCCAA